CUUGAUUCUUCCACAGCCUGCCCCAUACAGACAUUAGCAAAUCACUUUACAAAAACUUGUUUCUUCAUUCAUAAAACAGCAACUUCUGUUUUACAGAGAGGUGCAAAGCUAGCUGAGUCAAAGCUGAUAAAAUCUAGUGGAAAAGUGCUGCAGAAAGCUUCAUUCCACUGCACUGGCUAAUCUUCCCAAGAGUGUAGUGGUGAAUUUAGAGUGCUGUGAGGUGCAACUCUACAAGCACCCUUUAGGCAGAGCUGGUGUUGGGGACAGUGGAUACCGAUGUUGCUGUAAUUGGGUGUCAGGACAUUAUGGAGCAAAAGGAAUUAUUUUGAAAUGGCUUUCCUUUGCAGUGUACUCUAUUUUCCAUAAGCCAGCAUAGAUAACAUUUUUCCAAGAAAUUCAGAUAUGGCAGAAGCUCUGCCAUACAGUUCUGUGUGCUAGUCACCACAGGCCUGUUACCGUGAGGCACUGGUAGUAAAUGUGAUCUGUGCUCCAGAUGAUUGUUGUCCUUUGCAAAUGCUGCUCAAGAGAUGCCUUUGUAAUCCUACUGCUUGUGGAAAAACUUUGUGUAACUAUAAGAAGCUGUCUUUGUUCUUUUUCAGGAUUAAAUUGAUCUGUUACUAUAGAACAAAAACUCCUGAGGCUAGAUAGGUCAAUUAGCAGACAUUCCGAUUACCUUCAGCAAGGGCAUAGCUAAUAGAGGUAUUGUAUCUUUUUUUAGUGUAAAGCUAAUUUAAUGCCUAACAAGAAGCACAGGCUUAAAGAAUCGCUGAGCAUCUCUGCCCCACUCCUAAUGAUAACAUGGAGAAACUCUGCAGAAACUUAGAAAGCAGAACAAAGAGUAGAGUGGGAAGCUAAUGGGAAAAUGUGUCAUGCUGCCAUGGUAUCAGAGCGUGUAUGUUCUCGAGACUUUUUUAAAACAGACUGUUAGUGAGUUCUUGUUGCAGCUACAGUUCGAGGACUGUGGGAAGGCGGGGAGGCAGUCAAAGUUUUGCUCCUGGAAUGAUCUUUCUUCUAGCCAGAAUAUAAAGGGAGGCUGCAUCCAAGACAAGUUCUCUCAGAGACAGGACACAGAUGAGUGCUGCUAGACCAGGAGAGGAAACAAGGAGGCUUUUGACUGCACAGGCUCAGACAGGACAACACUGCUCACUAAUACUUCUCACUCACCAACAUGUUGGAAGAAGAUAAUGAUGAGACAUGUUGGAAUAACCUGGAGAACUUCCGGGUGAAGCUGAUCUCCGUGAUAGAUCCUUCCCGUAUAACACCCUAUCUUCGCCAGUGCAAAGUGAUCAGCCAUGAUGACGAGGAACAAGUUCUUAAUGACCCCAGCCUGGUCAUGCGCAAACGGAAGGCAGGUGUUCUUCUGGACAUUCUUCAACGAACAGGACACAAGGGCUUUGAGGCGUUUCUGGAGAGUCUUGAGCUUUAUUAUCCGCAACUGUAUAAGAAAAUAACUGGCAAGGAGCCCAGCAGGGUUUUCUCUAUGAUUAUAGACACCGCUGGGGAAUCCGGCCUGAGCCAGCUCCUGAUGAACGAGAUCAUGAAGCUGCAGAGCACUGUGCAGGAGGAGCGCCGGAAGGCCCAGGAGCUCACCAUGUGGCUGCACACCAAAGAGGACACGAUCAGAGAGAUGUGGGUGAGGGACAGCCUGCUCCGCAAGCACCAAGAGCGGGCGCAGAAGAUGAAGGAGGAGAGGGACAGCCUGAGCAAGGAGCUGCGGAAGUGCAAGGACGAGAACUACAACCUGGCAAUGAGCUACGCCAAACAGAGCGAGGAGAAGAGCGCUGCCCUCAUGAAGAACCGGGACCUGAUCCUAGAGAUCGAUCACUUGAAGCACAGCCUCAUGAAGGCUGAGGAUGACUGCAAACUGGAGCAUAAGCACACGAUGAAACUGAAGCACGCCAUAGAGCAGCGCCCAAGCCAUGAGGUGAUGUGGGAGAUCCAGCAGGAGAAGGAGUUGCUCUUGGCCAAGAAUCAGGAGCUGGAGAACACUCUCCAGGCUGCCAGGGAACAGAAUUUGGAGAAGAGCCUGUCCAGUGAGACUCUGGAGAAUGACUGUAGCCAGAUACUAGAAGAACGCCGGGAGCUGAUGAAUACCAUUUACAGCCUUCGCAAGGAGCUGCGGCGAGCUGAGGUGCUCCAAGACAAAUAUGCAGAGGAAAAAGAGAUGCUUGAACUACAGUGCACAUCUCUGAGGAAGGACUCCCAGAUGUAUAAAAAACGGAUUGAAGCUGUCUUGCAGCAGAUGGAGGAAGUGGCUUCAGAAAGAGACCAGGCACUCCUGACCCGAGAACAGUUCUAUAUGCAGUACUCCAAGAACCUGGUUGAGAGGGACGGUUACCGCAAGCAGAUUCGGGAGCUGGGGGAGCGAUGUGACGAAAUGCAACUGCAGCUCUUCCAAAAGGAGAGUCAGUUACUGGCUACUGAAGCCAAGCUGAAAAGUUUGCAACUGGAGCUACCCACACCGACCUCUGACCUGGACGAUACCUCCUCCAGAGAUUCCCAGGAACUUACUCUUCACGGUCAUCUAGAUGAAGAUACACAACCGACUAAAAAAGAUUGCGCUGAAGGACAAAACCAGCAAUUCAGCACUCGAGAGAGCAGUCUGCCUCCAAACUCACGCAGUUUCAAGGAGUGUGGCUUAGCCAAUGAGGAACUGGCAGAAAAGGAGCGGAGGAGGAUGAAGGACUGCUUUGAGCGUUACCGAAGAAAAAGAGCAAUGCGAAGGGUACCGAAGGACGGACACCACGAGGCGGACUGGGAGAACACCACCGGCAGCGACAACACCGACACCGAAGGCUCCUGAGAGCGGGAGCUGGCCUGCGAGGGAAACGCCAUCCUGGUCUGGGGGCUGCCGUGCCCUCUGUAGUUCUCUCUCAGUGGACUACUUUGGUUUUAAAACCAUCUGAACAACCAUUUAUGGAAAGUUAACAUUUGUAAGGGGACAGCGUCCCCUCAUCCAUCUCUUAGAAAUGCAGUGAUGCAAGAGAUGUGCGGCGCACAAAUAAAAUAAACAGGAUUAAAUGGUUGUGGGCCCAACG